AUGGUACCGCAGCCCGACUCCGGCGUUGUUGUCACGGACGAAAAGCCGACUACCGAGCCAGUCGCAACGAGCGACAGUGGUAGUGAAACUGAUGUAAGGAAUACUGCAAUCGUGUUUCAAGAACCAAAGAAGACAUGGCGGUCAUAUGUCUGGGACACAUUUGACAAGUCGCCAGAGGAGCGACGGUUUCUAUUCAAGCUAGAUGCCGUGAUUCUUACCUUUGCCUCGUUGGGCUACUUCAUCAAGUAUUUGGAUCAGGUCAACGUAAACUCAGCAUUUGUUUCUGGUAUGAAAGAGGACCUAGGUCUUUAUGGAAACCAGCUCAAUUACAUGAUUACCUGCUGGACCGUAGGAUAUGUUGUUGGAGAAAUUCCUAGUAACAUGCUCCUAACCCGAGUCCGGCCUUCAAUUUGGAUACCUGCCUGCGAGGUAACUUGGGCGGUAUUGACGAUUCUCCUGGCCAAAUGUACGAACGCAACACAGAUAUAUGUGCUGCGCUUCUUCAUCGGGCUCGCGGAGUCUGCCUUUUAUCCUGGCAUGCAGUAUAUCAUUGGCUCUUGGUAUCGCAAGGAUGAACUGGCGAAGCGAUCUUGCAUCUUCCAUAUGUCCAGCGCUAUCGGGACCAUGUUCUCGGGGUACCUGAUGACCGCCACGUACAGAUUGAAUGAUGUAAAUGGAUUCAGGGGCUGGCAGUGGCUGUUUAUCGUGAACACCAUAAUCAGCCUGCCGAUUGCGAUUGCUGGAUUCUUCUUCUUUCCCGACGUGCCCGAGAUAACUCGUGCGUGGUGGCUCAAGCCGUCGGAGAUCGAACUGGCAAAGAAACGCAUGCAACUCGAAGGGAGAGCGAACCGGGGCAAGUACAGCAAGGCCAAGUUCAAGAAGAUAUUCAGCAGCUGGCACAUCUACUGCCUUACCCUUCUGUACAUCUUCUUCAACAACGGCGGCAACUAUGGCGGCCAGCCGGCUUUCGCGCUCUGGCUGAAAAGUGAGGGGUACUCUGUGGCUGCGGUCAACUCCUACCCGACACUGACGCCAGCGAUCCAGAUCAUCUUCACGCUGAUCUAUGCCUGGACGUCUGACACGAUCUUUCGCGGAGAGAGAUGGCCCCCAAUCCUUUUCUCCGGUAUAAUAAACAUAAUUACCAAUUCCAGCAUGGCGGCAUGGAAUAUACCGGACGGAUGGAAGUGGGCAUGUUUCAUCCUGGGAAACAUCGGCGGCGGUAUCUCCGGCAUCACCAUGGCGUGGGCGCACGAGAUCUGUAGCGAUGACAACGAAGAGAGAGCUUUUGUAGUUGCGAGCAUGAACGAGAUGGCAUAUGUCAUCCAGGCCUGGCUGCCGUUGCUAGUGUGGCAGCAGGUCGAAGCACCUCAGUACCGCAAGGGCUUCAUCACCAUGAUCUUCAUUGCCGUCGGUCUUAUCGCAACUUCUCUCACCAUCAAGUUCUUGUAUGCCAAAGAGAAAGCUACGAAGCGCAAAGCACAGGAAGUUGAGGGAUAG